AUGGAUGUGAACGGCACUGCAAGUGACAUACUACAAAAAGAAACCUGGCAUGGCAGGAGUUUCAACCAGAAUCAAAAGAAUAUCCUCCAAGCACGGUUUGAACACGAUCCUUACCCUGUUAAAGCGACCAGGAAACAACUGGCUAAGGAAAUUGGCAUUCCAGAAUCUAAAAUUCAGAUUUGGUUUAAAAACCACAGAGCAAAACAGAGACAGGGGUUCAGGUGCUCCUCAGGAAAAGACCAAACCCAUGGACAGAACGAGCCUCAGUCUUGUACUCAAGAAUACUUACCAAAAGGAGCCAGACAAAACCUGAGAUCUGCCCCAAGAUCUCAAUCAAACAUCCUAGUUUAAGCCUUUGAGAAGGACCGAUUUCUUGAUAUUGCAACCAGGAAAAAACGCCAAACAGGCAUUCCAGAGUCAAGAAUUCAAAUGUGGUUUCAGGACCGAAGAUCUCUGUACCCUAGGUAGAGCACAAGUGAGCCUGUGAAUUCCUUGGUAGAUGUCCCAAAUGGCAGACCUGGACAAAGUGUCAUGAUGCAGCCCACGCAGGCUGUGCAGGGAGGAGAGAACGCUCCCUCCACUCUAACAUUUGGGAAUUACAUGCCAAUACUGCUGACUAUGGGAGAAGACCCAGAAGCUCAGCAUCCCUUUUGGCCCCAGUACCAAGAAAAAUGCCAGGACCACCAAGAACAGACUGACGUGGGAGUACUGCAGUUGAAAGACUACUUUCAGCCUUAUCCUGAGCACAAAAACCAACCACCGCAGGAUCAGGGCCAGGUGGACAUCGCUUAUAUUCUGCAGUGGUGGGAUGAGAGCUGCGAGGCGACUGCAGAAUGGGAUCCUCGAAAAGGGACACACUGA